AAAACAUAAUCACAACAGAGAGAGAGAUAAAUAGAUAAAAUGUGUAGAGGCGUGAAUGAAGAAGAGAACAGAAGCAUCCACGGAGGUUGCCGUAGUCUCUGCACGAGACCAAGUGUUCCGGUUAGGUGUGAGCUUUGUGGUGGCGACGCCUCCGUGUUUUGUGAGGCGGACUCGGCUUUCCUCUGUAGGAAAUGCGACCGGUGGGUCCACGGAGCUAAUUUUCUAGCUUGGAGACAUGUGAGGCGUGUGCUAUGCACCGCAUGUCAGAAGCUCACACGCAAGUGCCUCGUCGGAGACAACUACCACGUUGUAUUACCGUCGGCGACGCUCGGAGAAGCCGCCGUGGAGGAUAUAACGAUACGGGGUGAGCAAGAUAGUAGCGAUCACGAGGUUCCGUUUGUGUUUCUCUGAUUUAGUUUUGUUUUUUUGGUGUAAGAUAUUACUUAAAUUCCUAGGGUUUUUAUGCAUUUUUCUAUUAAGAAAGAACCUGGGAAAUUUAAUAUAUGAAGCUCGUAAUUAGAAUAUUAUGAGAGGGUAUUGUCUAAAAAUAGCAAAAAGAAAAAUUCUGAAACUACAAGGAAAAGAUGAAGGGUUAUUCUUCGAAAAUCUGAAACUAUUCUACUCUUCAAUAUGUUUGGAACUGGAAAAAUAUUCUGAAAACAAAACUAAUAAAUCAAACAACUAAACAAACUGUGGAGCCUCCUGGUACAAGGGGAAUAAUAGAGCUUCUUUUGGCUUUUUGUUGAUUUAUUUGCUUCUUUUUUUUUGUCUUUCUUAAGUUGUAUACUUUUAUCAUUUUCCCUAAUGAUAUGUAAGAAAUACUAGUAAAGUACUUUUCACAG